CGAAGAAACUGUGAAAAAGCAACGCGGGGAACUGGAACGCAAGGAGACUUUGCUCAAAGCCAAAGUAGCUGCUCUGACUGACGCAACAGUUGCCUUGCAGGUGACCGAGGCGGAUAAAUCGAAAAUUCAAGCAGAAAGGGACAAACUAGCGCUAGCACUAGCAGCUGCGAAGAAGAGACGAAGACUAGGGAUGCAAUGCGGAGUUGGAGUGUGGGAUGUUGUGCCGUCCACUUCUAGCUCAUCGGGG